AGACAAAAGCGACGUCUUGGAGGCUGGGCAGUCACUUGGCCCCAAAGCCAUUGCGUGGCCUCCCUCCUCUGCCCAGACUUCGCACACUUGGUCCCCCGGCGAAGCUUCCAGUGAUGCCCACACCUUCCUCAGAGCGUGGCCACUCACGAUUCACCAUCGUCACCAGUCAUGAGGUACCUACAGGCUACCAGGCCUACCUUACUGACCUUGCCGUGCUUGCCUUAUGGAUGGACUCAGGUCAUCGCGGUGGGUGUGGAAUACAUUCAUUGUACUUCCAUUGUCAGCCCUCAGCAGCCAAAGUCCCCUCCAACCACACUUUACCACAGAGUCACCACCAAGCAUCUCCAGUGAAUCGAAUGAAUGGAGCCCCGGUCCGGUUAGUUUCCCAUUUGUUCCCUCCGAUGUUUUGUUUGGACGGGAUAGGUGCUUUUUCAUCUGAAUCUGGGUUUCCCUCUCGCGCGGACGCUCGCCAACUUCACCAAGAAGCCAACGGUCCUCCUCCAAGACACGAACCCAUCAAAGCCCCAUGCAAGGUACCAACUGGCAACCGCGGAUCCUCACCCUCUUCCUCAGGCCAUCAAGGACCCAAUACACUAGGUAUAGUUCACCCAGUCCCAGACUAUCAACAACCCAUCAUGCCGCCCGGCAAUAGUUCUCAUCGAGUCAUCGGGGCUCCGGCAUCGAAUGUGGCUGUGUUCGCCCUUUUUCGCCCUUUCGCACUCUCAUGAGCCAGAGGCCCGGCCAACGCCCAGUAGCCUACAAGGUGAAUAACCGU